AUGGUUGCACCGAAGGAACCUGCACAAAAGCUACGCUACGAUGGACGUGUCGUGGUGGUAACCGGAGCAGGCGCUGGAUUGGGUCGCGAGUACGCACUGCUGUUCGCAUCGCGGGGUGCAAAGGUCGUUGUGAAUGACCUGGGCGGUAAUUUCAAUGGCCAGGGCAAAUCGAACGCAGCGGACAAGGUGGUGGAAGAGAUUCGGGCCGCCGGUGGUGUCGCCGUACCGGACUACAACUCGGUCGUCGAGGGCGAUAAGAUCGUCCAGACGGCACUGGAAAACUUUGGACGUAUCGAUGUGCUGGUGAACAAUGCGGGAAUAUUGCGCGAUCGUAGCCUGGCGCGCAUUUCCGACGAAGAUUGGAAUUUGAUCCACGAUGUGCAUUUGAAGGGUAGCUUCCUAACGACCCGUGCGGCCUGGCCGGUGAUGAAGAAGCAAAACUAUGGACGCAUCAUAAUGACGUCGAGCAAUUCGGGUGUUUAUGGUAACUUCGGUCAAGCGAAUUACAGUGCGGCUAAGCUGGGUUUGGUUGGUUUGGCCAACACUGUUGCUAUCGAGGGGGCGAAGAACAAUAUCCACUGCAACGUGAUCGUACCGACGGCGGCCUCUCGCAUGACCGAGGGCAUUUUACCGGAGAUCUUGUUCAAUGAGCUUAAACCGAAAUUGAUUGCUCCAGUGGUUGCGUACCUUUGCCACGAAUCGUGCGAUGACACGGGGGCCAUCAUCGAAAGUGCGGCCGGUUGGGCGACCAAGGUACACUUUGUGCGCGGCAGAGGCUGUGUGCUGCGUACCGCCAUCGACGAAGAUGUUUCACCCGAAUACGUCGAAAAGGUGUGGAACCGUGUCACGGACAUGUCCGAGGCGCGUCAUCUCAAUGCAAUCGGUGAAGCGAGCCUAAGCCUGGUGGGAGUGUUGGAAAAGUUGCGCGAUGGCAAAAACAACGAAAACUCUGUCACCGAAACAUUCCGCUACGGGUUUAAGGACGUUAUUCUGUACGCACUCGGUGUUGGUGCGUCCGUAACUGAUCCAACCGACUUAAAGUUUCUAUACGAAAACAAUCCGGAUUUUGGUGUGUUGCCAACGUUUUUCGUCCUUCCUGGGCUACUGGCCGUGAUGGGAUCCAGCCUGACCGCUUCUGCUAUCACACACACCACAUUUGACCUAACGAAUAUUCUUCAUGGUGAGCAAUAUCUGGAGCUGUUCGAAGCUCCUCCAACGGAGGGCGUCCUUACGACCACAUCUACCGUACUGGACGUGGUAGAUAAAAAAUCUGGCGCAUUGGUUAUCACUCAGUCCGACUCGUAUGACGAGCAGGGUACUCUGAUUGCACGCAAUCAAAGCUCCACGUUCGUUGUUGGUGCGGGUAACUUCAACGGCAAAACGAAGGCAGGCCCCGAGGUUAAACCGCUCGUACCGAACCCGAAACGUUCGCCAGAUGCUUCCGUGGAAGUUCCGACAAACAAAGACCAAGCUGCCGUGUAUAGGUUGUCGGGUGAUUUGAACCCAAUGCAUAUCGAUCCCAGCUUUUCGGCUAUUGCUGGGUAUAAGGUGCCGAUUCUGCACGGACUCUGUACGAUGGGUGUCUCGGUGAAGGCAGUGUUGAAGCAGUUCGGUGGUGAUGAUCCAAGUCUUUUCCGCGCGGCCAAGGUACGCUUCUCCAAACCAGUGUUGCCGGGUCAAACGCUGCGUGUCGACAUGUGGAAGGAACCGAACAAUCGGGUUUGCUUCCGUACGGUAGUGGUCGAGACAAAUGCGGAGGUGCUAUCGGUUGUGCGUAAAGAUGGUUGUGCAAUGCCACCUUGCGUCGUUUGGUUCGAGCCGUUUACGAUGACGGGUAUACGCGUAUGA